GACCUGCCGUCAAUAAAAUUUGGUAACAAAGAAGAAUAUAAUCGACCCAGUCAAUGAGCACUUGCUUAGCUGAUAACUAUAAAAAAAGAGGCGCAUGGACGGGCGCACCCACGUGUUAACUUUUCCACACGGUCAUAAUAAUCUCGUCAACGUGUAAGCAUCUUGUAGCUCUUCGUGCCCCCAUCUCAAUCAAUAUGACAGAACCUCUCCACGUGACAAUCUUACAGGCAUCCGCUCCCUCUUUACUCAUUCCGUUUCCCACUUCCCGUGACGUUAUUUAUAAGCAUCCACCGUCUCUCUUCUUUGCAAGAUAAGAAAAGCCCUCUUGGAAGGAAAGGAAAAAAAAUGGCGAGAGAGAGAAGGGAGAGAAGGGAUCAUAACCAGCGUUACAGGGGAGUGAGGAUGAGAAAGUGGGGAAAAUGGGUAGCAGAAAUAAGGCAACCAAACAGUAGAAAUAGAAUAUGGUUAGGUUCAUAUAAUACCGCAGAGGAAGCAGCAAGAGCAUAUGAUGCUGCUGUUUUAUGUUUACGCGGGCCUUCGGCGACGUUUAAUUUUCCAUCGAAUGUACCGGAAAUUCCUGCAACGACAGAGAUACUGCCUCCCGCGCAGAUUAGGGAGGUUGCUUUGAGGCAUGCAAGAAGGGGGAGUACUUUGGAAGCUGCAGAGAGGAUUGUGGAAUCUGGGUUGUUUGAAGGGCCGUCUGGGAUUACUGGAGAGGUGUAUUUGGGUGGCGAAGGCGAUGGAGCGGAGAGUUUAGAGGGAGUUUCGAGUGGGGUAUGUUAUCAAACAUCUGGUGUGUGGACAGUUUAAGUUUGUUCGCGGUGCUUCUUCUUCUUCUUCUUCUUUACUGUCCCGUGACUUGGGAGUGUCGAUUGAGCUGAUAGAAUUAAUUGACAGAGAGGAAAGUUUUGGUUGAAGGGAUUGAUUGGAAAUUUGGGUUGCUAGAGUUGAUAUGUGUAGGGUCUCCCUUUUUCUUUGAUGUAAACAAGUAAAAAAAGGAAAAAAUGAUUAUACUAGUUUUUCUUUUUAAUGAAAUAACCAUCUUUCUAUGGCAAACGAAGAGGUUGCCUGCUGAGA